AUGGCUAACUACUAUGGGGAGUCAGGACUUCUGCCCUGUGGGUCUUGUGACAUGGCUUUCCGCUCCUGGGCUUUGUUGGCCACCCACACUCAGCGAUUCUGCAUUGGCCGCCUGACCCCGGAGGAGACACUUGGAACACAGCCUUCAGUACCCACAGAACGGGGCUCCGCGGUUGUGUCACAACUCCAGGGCCGCUCAGAUCAGGAGGCCAGGAAAUCUGCUCUAAAAAGGUUGACAGAGGAGGUGCAGUUGCUGCGGCUGUCCCUACAGGAAAUGAGACCCCAGGUGGCCAAGGGUUCCACCCCCCACACUGCCGGGAGCCCUGGCGAGCGGCUGCGGGCGCUGCAGGGGACCCGUGCCCGGCGCCUGGUGGAGGUGGAAACACAGAGCCGGAUCUUAGAGCGACGCUGCGAGGAACUAAGACGGCGCCUCCAGGUCGUCGCCCAGGCCAGGGGAGGGCUAUCCGGCCCCUUGGGCUUGGAGCGGGAAGUCCAAGAACUCAGGGCUGAGGCGGGUCGCACCUGGGACGCUCUGCAAGUGUUGGGGGCGCGUGUUCUUGAGCUGCAGCCCCGGGCAGGCGCCCGGCGGACCUGGCAGAGUGCAGAGUUGUAUUUGCCAAUGCUUCAGGCCAAUUCAGGAACUCUAGCUGCUGAGAUCCGGGCUCUGCGUGAGGCCUACAUACGAGGCGGAGGCCGGGACCCUGGAGUUUUGGACAAAAUGUGGCAGUUGCAAGUGGAGGCGACAGCCCUGAAGUUGAGGCAGUCACAGACCCGCAAGGAAAAAGCAAGUGCCACCUCUGAGGAACUUCUAGUUGUAGAAGCCGAAAACCGGCGCCUGGAAGCAGAGAUCCUGGCUUUGCAGAGACAGAAGGGCCUGGGCCGGGGGCCCUGGGGACCCAGGGAACAACGACUCCUGACUGAUCUGUACCCAAGCAUGAGGGAGAGAGGAAAUCCUCCUCACUUUCCUCCACCAGUUGCGCCCCUGCUGCCACCACUUCCAGGUUCCGCUAAUAUCCAGAACUUCCAUGGCACUCCAAAGGCUCUACUUCCUGGAACCAUGACAAGGAACUUGGGCCUGGACCCACACUUCCUCCUGCCAGCAUCUGAUGUUCUGGGUCCUGCACCCUAUGAUCCUGGGGCUGGCCUUGUCAUUUUCUAUGACUUCCUGCGGGGUCUUGAGGGUUCUUGGAUUUGGGUGCAGCUAAUGACCAGCUUGUCCCGAGAUGGACAGCAUACAGGAGGAACCACAGCAUUGCCCCCAACCCUCUGCUUGCCCCUGCCUUCAGCUCCUGGGCCUAUGGGCAACUGUGCCAUCCUUGCCAGCAGGCAGCCUGUGCGCAGGCUGCCUCCAUCGCUAUUGGUAUCUCUGAUCUGUGAACUACAGGCCUGGAAGGGAACAGAAUGGGCUACGGCACCACAACCAAAGGCUUGGACCUCACUAUCACUGUUUGACGGGAAUCAGCGGGUGCUUAGUGGCCGGUGGCGUCUCCCAUUUCGGACCCUUCCUCUGAACCCCUGCCUCAGUAUUGGCCAGCUAAAUGAGAUUCCCCAGGUGAGUGUGGUGGAUGGGGACUGGGUCUGCUUCAAGAUUGAGAUGGAGGACUUCACCUCUCCCCAGGCAGGUCAAGUUGAGCUCUUUCUGCGAGUGGUGAAUGCAAGAGACGCAGAUGUCCAGACAUUGGAAGAAAUCAGUCCAGCAAGUGCCCACAAGUACCAGUUCCUGCCACCGGUGCCCAGUUCAUCUACACUGAGAAUCAAUUCCCUCAGCCACAAUGCUGGCUUUGUUGAUCCCCCACCCACUGUGGAAGAACCUUUUGUCAGCAUCAAUGAAACAGAAGAGCAUUUGGGGCUUCACCAGUUCUGACCCACACCCACCAGGUUUCUGAGGUGUGAGGCCUACUUCCAGACCUGCAACUUUGUGUCUAAAAAGUGGUAAAAUUCCAAUGAAGCCAUGGACAGACCUGCAGAUUCUCAUACACUUAGAACGUUGCCUGGCAUUUAAGAUCCCUGAAAGAUUAGAGACAAACCACUCAACUCCCAGCUUCCUCAGGACUUCAGGCACAUAAGUCUCCAAUAUCAGCUCUCAAGCUCCCAAUAUACAGCGAACUCCUGAGCUUUAUAAAUCCCGGACCAAUAAUGUCCUAGUCAAGUAGGGAUCAUGUACUAGAAUCACAUACUGGACAUAUAAAGUAUGUUUGGAUUUUAAAAGGCAGGUUUAUUUUUAAUUUUUGCCUGCAUGGAUGUAUGUGCACCUAUGUGUGCAGUGCCCACAAAGAUCAGAAGAGGGCAUCUGGAGUUAUAGAAGUUAGUGUUGGGAACCAAACCCAGGUCCUCUGCAAGAGGUUUUCAGCCAGUCACAGGGUCCAUUUCCUCAAUUUGUGUACCCUGGUCAUCAGAUCCCAGCCAUGAGCUAGACAGCAAAUUUGCCUCUCGACCUUUAUUCCAUUCUCAAGUGUUCUGGGCAGUCCAGGACCCCUCUUGUCAAGUGUAAUUCCAAACCAGUUUAUUUUAUAAGCAUCUUUAUUUUUGUAAGUCAAAACUGUAGACAGUAUAACAAAUCCAAUUAUUGACAAAAACCUUUCUAUACAGAACAAAUAUAAUUCAAACAGAUAUCUUCCUACUGAUUCUUCCAGUUGUCCACCGCUGCAGUCUCAGCUCCUUUUCAAUCACAAAGCUCAGUUCUCUGUAAUUAAAUAUAUCAACUUUUCCUCAAGGAAUCACUUCCCAAGUUUCCUUCAGUUUCCAGGAUAGAAUUAUGACCCUCAAUGGAGGCCAGGUGAACAGAAGAUAGGCACAACCCAAAGCUAGGUUCAUAGUCUAUCAUCCAUUUUCAGCACCAAAUAGUAAGAUCUUCACCCGAGUCUUGUUUUGUAGGCCCCCAUCCAGGGACAGCACCAGUGAAACCUUGCAAGACAUGAGUUGAGCAAAGUAUCUGAAAAUAGAAAUGUAGCACCAAUGGAAGACAAAGGGCCGAUAACCACACUUGAAUUUGAUCACCUCCACAUUAGACAGGAAUUGGGUUGUCCAACAAUAUAGGAGAAAAUAAAAACA